AUGUUCAUAGGUUCGGUAUAUAACACUAUCUAUCUAUCUAUCUAUCUAUCUAUCUAUCUAUCUAUCUAUCUAUCUAUCUAUCUGGACUACUUAGACAGUCUACCUCUCCCAAUUACAAUAGUGUCCAACGUAUUUAUGAGGAUUGGGACAUACCCAUUUCUGUUCAUUGCUCCGGUAUAUAACACUAUCUAUCUAUCUAUCUAUCUAUCUAUCUAUCUAUCUAUCUAUCUAUCUAUUAGUUGGAGUUACUUUUCUUUCCUCGGUGUUGACCCCUCUCUCUCUCUCUCUCUCUCUCUCUCUCUCUCUCUCUCUCUCUCUCUCUCUGUGUGUGUGGUUGCGUCGGUGUAUCCGCUCGCUUAUCUAUCUAUCUAUCUAUCUAUCUAUCUAUCUAUCUCAAUCUGUUCAUAUCUAUCUAUCAAUCCAUUUCAUUUUUAUGUCUAUCUAAAGAAAUUUUAUUCACCUCUUCCUGAAAAAUACUUUUUCUUCCUCCCGGAUAAUGAACAGGAAAUAGAAGAAAGCAAAUUGUAUACAACAUUUUCUUGGCAUUCCUCUAUCGCAAAUCCUUUGCGACUUCCAUCGUCAUUCGAACCAAUUAUUUCUCGGCGCAAAUGGUCUGAUCAUAUCUAUCACUCUAUCUAUCUUUCUCAGUCUGAUCAUGUCUAUCUAUAUAUCUAUCUGAUAAUAUCUAUCUAUUUGAGUCUGAUCAUAUCUAUCUAUCUAUCUAUCUAUCUAUCUAUCUAUCUAUCUCAGUCUGAUCAUGUCUAUCUAUAUAUCUAUCUGAUGAUAUCUAUCUAUCUAUUUCAGUCUGAUCAUAUCUAUCUAUUUCAGUCUGAUCAUAUCUCUCUCUCUCUCUCUCUCUCUCUCUCUCUAUCUAUCUAUCUAUCUAUCUAUCUCAGUCUGAUCAUUCUGAUAAUAUCUAUCUAUUUGAGUCUGAUCAUAUCUAUCUAUCUAUCUAUCUAUCUAUCUCAGUUUGAUCAUGUCUAUCUAUAUAUCUAUCUGAUAAUAUCUAUCUAUCUAUUUGAGUCUGAUCAUAUCUAUCUAUCUAUCUCAUCUGAUCAUAUCUAUCUAUCUAUCUAUCUAUCUAUCUAUCUAUCUAUCUAUCUCAGCCUAUUUUCCAUAUCUAUCUAUCUAUCUAUCUAUCUAUCUAUCUAUCUAUCUUAUUCUGUUCUAUCUAAAUUUUUUUCAUAUACAUGCUUCCUAUUUGUUCCUAUCUAUCUAUCUAUCUAUCUUAUAUUACCUACAAUAUUUUUCCCACCGCUUGCGUUUUUCUUCUUCUUCUUCUUCUUCUUCUUCUUCUUCUUCUUCUUCUUCUUCUUCUUCUUCUUUUCCUUUUUCUUCUCUUCCUCCUCAUUCGCCUUCUUCUUCUUCUCCUUCUUCUUUAUACCCUCCUCCUCAUCUUCUCCUCCUCCUCUUUUUUUCGUAUUUUUCUCCUCCUCUUUCUUCUUCUUCUUCUUCUUCUGA